AUGGCUGUUGCGAUGCAAGUGGAAAGCAACCAGUCCUCCAGUGACACAUAUGUGGAGUUUUCAUCGAAUGCUACAACUAUAAACUCUGCUGUGAUACAAUCUCGCAUCCGUCAGUCAGUGUCCUUGCAGCAACAAGAUGCCGAAAUGGAUGCUGAGGAUUCGCAACCAGUUUUCCCCAAGCUUUCUGCUGCCCAAGCAGCUGGAAAUAAGAUUGAAUACCGAAGAGUGAGAUGUCCCAAUCAUAGAUACACUCCGCUUCGUGAGCAUUGGGAACAGAUAUUGACUCCUCUGGUUGAAUACUUGAAAUUGCAGGUACGCUUCAAUACAAAAACAAGAAGCGUAGAAAUGAAGACCUCGCACCAUACUGCUGAUGUGGGUGCCUUGCAGAAGGGAGCAGACUUCGUCAGUGCCUUUAUGAUGGGGUUCGAGGUUCAAGAUGCAGUCGCUCUUCUGAGAAUGGAUGACCUCUAUGUCGAAAGUUUCCAGGUGACGGAUGUCAAAAUGUUGAAAGGGGACCAUUUAUCACGUGCUGUCGGCCGAAUUGCUGGACAAGACGGAAAGACACGGUUUGCAAUCGAGAAUGCCACAAGAACACGAAUUGUGAUUGCCGAUCAACGAGUCCAUAUGCUUGGUAGCUACGCCAACUUACGGGUUGCUCGAAACGCAAUUUGUGAUUUAGUCCUUGGAGCGCCGCCGGGAAAGGUUUACAAUAACAUGCGCAACGUUGCCAAACGGAUGAAUGAACGGUAUUAG